UGUGUGGUGGGCUUUAAUAAAUUAUAAUAAACUGUCAAAAAGAAAUGUUGAAAAACUACAUUUUAAAUUAAUUUUAAUAAAUUUUGUAUAUAAAUAAGUAAUGAUUAAAUUCCCUUAAUCUAUAUAAAAAUUCUAUACUUUUUUAUAUUUUACAAUAUAGUUUAUAAAAUUAACAAUGAAGAAUUUAAUGUUUGUGUUUUGUAUUGUUUACGUGUCAGGAACACUGUCACCUCAAUCAGAAAAAAAUGUUAAAAAGGAGAAAAACAAAAUUGAGAAUAAAAAAGGUCCUGUGGAUCAGGAUGUUUUUGACAGAGGUUUAGUGAGAAAUGACUCCAAAGCACAUGAUAUUUUAAGAGAAUCGGGUCUUUAUUUUAAAGAUACUGAAAGAAAACGAUUUUCUGGUGAUGUUCUUGGCUACAUUACACCGUGGAACGGUCAUGGAUAUAAUGUGGGAAAAUUAUUUUCUAAUAAAUUUACAAUGCUUUCUCCUGUUUGGUUCUCAUUGCCACCUACAAAAGGAUCUAAAUUCUCAUUAUCAACUCAUGAUGUACAAAAAAAAUGGUUAAAAGAGAUAAAACAGUCAGAUAAAGGAAAUAAUAAAGUCAAGAUUCUACCUCGUGUUCUUUUCGAAAAUUGGUCAUUUGAUGAAGUUUCCAAUUUGCAUUUAAAUAGAGAUACAAUGGUACAAUUAAUAAAAACUCUUAGCAAAACUGCCGAGACAUAUCAGUUAGAUGGCUAUGUUUUUGAGAUAUGGACCCAAUUUUUAUUUUUAGGAGUUAAUCGAAUAGUUAUCACUGAAAUUGUCAAAGAAAUUGCAGAUGCUUUAAGAGAUAGAGAAUUAGAUACGAUUCUAGUUCUCCCACCGUGGAGAGAAAACGGCGAUGAAUUGUUUAAAAAAAAACAUUUUGAUCUAUUAUCAUCGAGUAUCACUGCAUUUUCAUUGAUGACAUAUGAUUAUUCAAAUGUUCAGCAACCCGGUCCAAAUGCUCCUGUUAGUUGGAUUAAAAAAUGCGUUAAAGCACUUGUACACGAUAAUAAAGAUCCGCAAAGAGCUAAAAUUCUCAUGGGACUUAAUUUCUAUGGGAAUAAUUAUACGCCUGAUGGUGGCGGUGCCAUUGUUGGUUCACAAUAUCUUCAAUUACUUGAAUCUUAUAAAGGAAAAUUAAAAUGGGAUGAUAAAAACAAAGAAAACUUCUUUGAAAUAAAAAAUAAAAAUCCUGGAUACGUUUUCUAUCCAACAUUAUAUUCAAUUGAACAAAGACUGAAACUCGCUACAAAAUUGGGAACUGGAAUUGCCAUUUGGGAAUUGGGACAAGGUCUCGAUUAUUUUUACGAUUUACUUUAAGAAUUAAU